CUCCCAGUAGUACGAGGAUAACGAGCCAGCGGAUCCGAGCCGCCGCCGCCGCCGCCGCCAGCCCUGUCAACCGACGGUUAAUAGCCGAAAACACCAGCAGCGGCCGCUCAGAGAGAAUCCCGCCGUAGCGCCGCGGAAGGAACCAGCUUUUUUUUUUUUUUUUCGUCCGCUUUGUUUGUUCGGUUUUCUCUCUUUCUCCAUGGACUCGUCGCGCUGGAGUUUGUCCGAGGUCUCUCUCUGCUGCCCGUGGAUUAACGCAAGACUCGACUCCGAAGCGCUGCGAUAAAAGAGUGAAAUUGUGGAUUGUGCGCCCGCAUCACGUGUGAAUAUUUUGCGUUCUUCUUCUUCUUCUGGUUUUUCUCUUUAUGUGGAGAUCGCUUGUUUCCCAGUCCGCGGGCAACAUAAACUCGAAAUUCAGCUAAGUCCGGACGAGACCAGCGGACACUUGUUGAAAUACAAUUUACCCGAGAAAACGUCUUGGCAAACUGCUCUGAGCUUCGCUGUUGUCAGUAGCGAGAUUUGGCUAACGAGGCUAAACAACUUUCUCCCACACCGGCGAUCAAACUUGUGGCACAGAUUGCUCCUAAUUCGAGCCUGUUAGAUGUCGACCGAGGCCGAGUGUCCGCAAGUUGGUUUAAAAAAGUGCGUUUGUCAAGAUUGUUGAGAUGGCACUGACAGCAGUUUAGCUGACUUAGCUAGCUGCAGCUGUUACUCGGCUUUCCGUUCACCUCCAACGUUAUGUUAGCAAUGACAGCUAACGUUGGGUCAACGUCAGAUUCAAACAAGUGGUUCGCUGGAAGUACGUCAAUAUGAAGUUAUUCUGUGCCAUUGACUUCUUUUAAUCAGCAGGCCACUCUUCUAGAAAGUUAUUAAAAUUAACUUGCAGGCACGGGUAAUUUGCAAAGGCUUUACACACCCCGCUAACUAGGCAUAAGAAGCCAACUUUUAUUAACGGGAGCUUUGACGUUAGCUUAGCUACGUUAGCCACCGUCUCGGCUUACAAUAACACACUCAGCUCUGAAAGUGCAGCCGGUCGAUUUGGACUCUGAAUUAACUUUGGCCAACCGGUGAAUGUGCGCUAUGCUUUCACAACUCCGAUGGGUUCGCCGCAACGCAGACUGAGAGACUCCGAGAAAUAGACUCCCGGCACCUUCCUUCCACUUUUGGCCCCCCGAGUAGCUGAAGUUGUAAAACUGCGGCCCGCACCAUGUCCGGCUCCCCGGGCACAGGUGGCUCAAACCCCAGGAAGUUCAGCGAAAAGAUAGCGCUGCACAACCAGAAGCAAGCAGAGGAGACGCGGGCCUUUGAACAGCUGAUGACGGACCUCACCGUUUCAAGGGUGCAGUUUCAGAAAAUCCAGCAGCUUCGUUUGUCUCAGCCACGGGUGCAGUACUACGGAGGCUCUCUGCCCAACGUCAAUCAGAUUGGCAACACCAACACUGAAUUUCAGGGUGGCUUCCCUUCAGGAUUGGACUCGGUCAGAGGGACCCGCCACCAUGGGCUGGUCGAGAGGGUCCAUAGGGACCGCAACCGUAUCAACUCUCCCCAUCGCCGACCCAUCGACAAACACGGACGGCAGAUAGAGAGCUCUCCGUAUGGAGCGGUGUACCUGUCCCCACCUCCGGACAAUAACUGGAGAAGGGAACAGCAGCCAUGGACUGAGGAAAAACGGCCUGGGUUUAGAUUAAUAUCACAACUCAACAGAACCAAUUCAGACUCUGCUCUCCAUACGAGCGCUAUGAACCCAAACCCUCAGGACCCCUUUGGCAUGAACCAGCAGAUGGGUCGAUGUCCCCCACAGCGUAAUGGCUGGCAUGCAGCGAGUGUAAAUGAGGCAGAGGUAGAUGGCUCUGGAGACGUCUUCUCCUUCCCCACCCUGCCUAAUGAGGAGACUCUAAUAGGUGUCAGCAAGCCCCUUCCAAAACAGCUGUGGGAGGCCAAGAAGGUCCAGUCUCUGGCAUCAAGGCCUAAAUCCUGUGAAGUGCCUGGAAUCAAUAUAUUCCCAUCUCCUGAGCAGAACCCUGGUCUGUCCCACUACCAGGGCUCAUUAAAUACAGGCGGCUCCCUCCCCGACCUCAGCAACCUGCACUUCCCCUCCCCACUCUCCACCCCGCUGGACCCUGAGGACAACGGAGGGUAUCCCAACCUCAGUGGAGGCAGCAGCACUGGAAACCUGCCAGCCGCCAUGAUGCAUUUAGGCAUCAGCAACUCACAGGGACUCUCCUCCUCUCUGAGCAAUCCCUCAAUUCAGGCAUCCCUCAACAACUGCCAGCUGCAGUCGUCGCUCAGCAAUCCCUCCAUCAACUCGUCCCUGCGUCUGUCCAGCAACUCUCCCCGGCGGCGGCCUGCUCCCAUCAGCCCCCUCACCCUGUCUCCCGGCGCUGACCAGCGCAGGGGUCUGGCGAAGCAGCUCUCCCCCACCAUGUCCCCUUCGCUGUCCCCCAUCACACAGGGAGUUGCUUUGGAUACCAGCAACAUGCCAAGGGAGCCGCCCCCACCCUACCCACUCUACCAACAAUCCCAGCAUGUAGUGGACCAAGGCCGACAACGCCAGCAGCAACACCAGCAGCAACACCAGCAGCAGCAGCAGCAGCAGUCACAACAACAACAACAGCAACAGCAGCCUGUCUCCCCUCUUCAGAGCAUCCCACUGGACUUCAACACAAGCCAACACAACAAUAUGGCAACACUCUUCAGCGACCCUUUCAUGGAGCCCCAGUUCUCCAGUCGCCAGAGCAAGAACCUCCCCUAUCAGUUGGACCAGUUCAGUCUGUUGGAAAACGCGCUGAGCUCCACAAUGAGGGGUUCUUGCUUCGACCCUUCCUCCUCUUCCUCCUUGCUCUACCACUCCCAGGCUGCCCUCACGGGACUGAGCGGCAGCCAUGGCAGCCUGCAGGACCAGAUGCACAUGAGGUCCAACAUGCUGUACUCCAACUGCAGCGGAGGACUACCCAACAUCAUACUCACUGAUGACUCCAACCCCAGUCUGUCAAAGGACAUAAGCAGUGCACUCUCCACGGUGCCUGAAUGCUUUGACUCAGAGGGAGGCUUCCCGUUGGAGGAUGAGCUGCGCAUCGAGCCCCUCAGCCUGGAUGGUCUGAGCAUGCUCAGUGAUCCCGACAUGGUGCUACCGGACCCAUCGGUGGAGGAUACCUUCCGCAGUGACAGACUCUGAAUGUGAAGAGCGUCACAGGUUUUCAAGAAAAGAACACACACACAUGGACUUGCAGUGUAUGGAGUGUACAAAUCUGAAUAUGCAUGCUAACAAUCUCUGUAGGGCCACUGUGCAUGCAUCCACUGCCACUAAAAUUCAUCAAAUGUGAAAGACCUUACGUACCCUUUUUAAAGCGGAGACUUGUGAACAAACACUGUUUACGCCUGCUUCAUGCAAAGUUACCCGCACACAUGCUCGAGCUUGUAUUUCUCAUUUGUUAUUUUAAAUGAGGUGGAGCGACGCAGUUUAGGGUUCAAAAUCAGCACUGGAAGCAGAAGCGGGUCCAGCUCUGAGACUCUGCGUCUACCCCUCGAACCAAAACGCGUGAGACGAUACGGCGAGGAGCCCAAGUCCUCCCGCUUCCUUUCUCUCAUCACCAGCUACCAGCCCCCCUGAAGCCAUGGCAACCUCGUCGCCAUGGAGACACACCAUAGCAACCCCAUCGCAGCGCCGAAGAGCAGCACAAAUGCCAACGCACGAUUUGCUUUUCUUGCGGCUCCGAUAUAUGAGUGAACGGGAGCCCGGAGCUGCGCUGCAGACGUGUCUUUGGUGAAACAUCUGGCAGCCUAGUUCUCUUCAGGUGAAGUAAAAUCCAGCUGUGCCGUGGCUGCUUUAGGCUCCCAAACCAUCAUGGUAGAAAUGAAGACUAGAGGAAUUGGAGGUUUUGUUUUUAAAUGUGUUUCUUUGGUAUCAGAUUAUUUUUAAAAUGUUUGUCACAGAUUUAUUAAGUAAGUACAUUAUACUGUACAUGUAUACAUGCACAGAAUCUUCAAGCCUCAGUUUCAGUCAGAUCAGAAUGUGUUUUCAAACCAAGACAAAAAGGGCAAACUGUUUACAAAGAUGAGAUUUUAAUAAGUAAAUAUUACUAAAGAGUAUAGAUUUUUUUUUUGAAUUUCUAAUUAAGAAAUACAAUUCUAAGAUGUAUUGAAUAAAUGCUAUAUUUUUCCGUGCGACCUGGAUGGAUCCCUUCUCCUCUGUCACGGAUGAGUCGGCUGUGAUUUCCUCUUGCAGAACUUUGACAGCACUGGGACAGUGUCAAAAUCCACUUUAAGAAAGGAACUUCACAUUUUUGACAUGUUUUUUGUUUUUAAAAAUACUUCUAUGUACAUUCACUGCAUAUGUUUUAUUUUACAUUUUGUACCGACUUGUAUUGGCGCUUGAACUGUACUUUAAAUCUUGUUGUGAAUAAGGGCAUGCGCUGUGCUACUGUGGAUCGAUUAAGUCCCAAAUACCUGUUUGCAUCCAGCUUUCUGUCCUUGUGUUACGGCAGUACAGUAAACACCCCCACCCCCACCCCCACCCCCCCGUGGCUGAACAGUCAAAGUGACUCAAAGCAGACUGUAACCGCGUGGACAUCGGACAUCAUGUAACAUUGCACUUAACCUUUUUUUUGCACUAAUUGGUUCGCAUUGUGUAGACUAAUAUUUUUACACCAGGAAAGAAUGUUAUUUUUUCACCUGAUGAUAACCCAAAGAAGUCGAAUGAAGCCAUUAAAGAGAAAAAUGAGACUCGAUGUGACUAAAUAUUUAUAGUCAUCGCGCAUACACGCAUUUCAAAACACCAGCAACAGGUGUUUAAUUUUGUGCUGAUGUGAGAAAAUUAAUGACCUUUUAUUUUCUUGGCUUUGACCACGUGGUCCUGCAGUAAUAGGUUUUUUUUAAAGAACUCUCAUUUACAGUUGAUUAUUUAAAAACUGGACCAUUCAGGGCAUAGAGUGCCCCCUAGUGUUUGUUUUAAUAAAGUCAAAGAGCUAUUUUUAAUAUUUCUUGUGAAAAGGAUUUGGAGCGAUCUUCUGGCUUUGCUCCUAUAGCUAUGCAACUUUUAUCAAUUGAUGAGCGACACCUGUUGAACAGGUGCAGCUUGUACAUUAUGCUUGUAACGUGGCUUACAAGUUCAUUUUGUUACGUACACAAUGUGCGGGAUCAAAUUUGCUUGAAAUCACAAUAUUACAUGUGUCCAGUGUCCACGGCGCAUGUUGAUUCUCAAUCACUUAGAAGAGCGUGUGCGUCUGCAUUCAGCUGUUCUACAGUCGGAGAACCAGAGCAACAUUUGGGAUUCGGCACCGUUUGUGUGUUUUCGUUCUUUUCUUUCAUUAACUUUUCAGUCAGAAGGUGUCAUACCUGCACUGCGUGGACUGUGGGGUCUCUCUGUGAGUGUGUUUUAAAGAGAUUCAAUGUGAUUAUCUGUCAAAUACAAAAUUUAGAGGGUUGUUGGGGUCAUGAGGUUGUUUUAUAAGAGUUUAUAUUCACUUUCAGCUGUUAAACAUUUUUAUCUCCUCUGUCGCUGACUCUGUAAGACGGUGGGUGAGCGAUGGAGCCACUUUGCAGUUAAAUUUUCCCUGCUCUUUCUCUGUCCCAGCCUGUUUCCUGCUGUCUACACGCCUGCCUUCUGCUGCCUUACUUUUGUUGUAUUUUGACUCUUCAUAUUCCAGCAGUAACCUGUAUGAGCUUGUAAUCACUUCCCUUUAGCUCUAGCUCUGUUUGGUACUAACUGCCCGUGGUUGUUUUCUGUCACCUAGUCUCACUGUUUCAUUUGUUUUUGUUUUGUUUUGGUGUCUUACUUUUUUUAGUUGCAUAUUAAAAUGUACAGUUCUGUUAUUUAAAGAAUGUUUAUGUCCACUAGUGUUACUACUUUUAUUUUUGUUUUGUUUUUGUUUUGUAAUGGCAGUUUUUGUCACCCAUGACAUAAAAUUUUCUUAGUUUGUAACGUAUGUUAUAGUGCUUAUCUUUCUGAUUUAAUAUAAACAAUAAAACUCU